GUGUGAGUAAAAUUAGAGGCCCAUUUACGGAUACGGCCCCUUCUUCUCAAUUCUUUAAUAAAAUCGUCACAAUCAACAAUAAUACGGCAUUCUCAGCAAUUCUGGUUACUCCGGCAUCUCCAAUUCUGGUUAAUCAAAUAUUCCGGCACAGUUUAAUCCCACAGCAGAAUAGCCGAAUAAACGGGUUGAUAUCUUCGCUGGCCUUUAAUAUCAUGGACCAUUUCAAUUUGAAUGAUGAAAAAGUAGAGGGCCGAUUGUAUGUGGGUAACCUUGAUCUGAGGAUAACAGAGGCAGCUCUAAUCAAGAUGUUUUCUCCAUUUGGAAAAAUUGUAUCAGAAGACUUCCUAUGGCAUACUCGUGGCCCUAAGCGUGGAGAGCCACGUGGUUAUGCUUUCAUCCAGUUCAGCUCUAAAGAGGAAGCUAUUCAGGCCAAGGAGAAGAUGCACGGAAGAAUGGCUUGUGGACGCCCAUUAGUUGUUCGUCUUGCCAGUGAGAAAUACCCCAUGGACGGCUCAGCUAAUUCUUCCAAGACCGGUGAAGGGAGCAGCAGGUCCGUUAACUGUGGAGGUAGCGCUGGGCAAACUAGCCGGACUGCUAAAAUAGCCGCGAUAAAGAACAAACUAAAGGCGAUUGAUGAAGAAGGCCACAAUAAAACCUCCAAAAAGCACAAGCAAAGCGAUGAGCAUUGCGCCACCACUCCUCAAGGAUGAAGCCUUUUCGUAUUGUAUCAUUUCGGAAGGUUUUUUUUAUGUCGGAUGUGCUUGUCUCUACUGUAAUUUUAUUAAUGAAGACACCGACUUUAUUAUCAGAUACUAUUACAAUUCACAUUUAUCUCCA